UUUUUCACAAUAAAGGGAGAAACGAUUAAGAAACAAAAAAGAAAUCUUAUCGAAUGGAGUUCACAAGUGUAGCAAUAAAAUGUGUGGGUGAAAAGUAAAGGAAAUAGGAAAAGGGAAAAAUGGUGCGAAAUUGUUAAGCGAAGUUUUUUGCAGUGAGUCAGUCAAGUAAAAAUAAAGUAAAGUCACAGAACAUACAUAUAGGUUUUGCGAUUUACGGACGAGUGAUUCACUCAAUAAAAAUGCCUAGCAGCUUGUUGUUUGCUACAAGCAGUGAAGGCCGUGUUUAUACAUUGUCUACAAGUUCGGCAGCAUGGCGAGAAUUUCCCUAUUUAGGCUUAGAAUUUAAAAAGAUAAGCGCUGUGCCAAAUUUCAUGUGGGCAAUAGGUGGCGACCGCCAGGUAUACGUCCACGUUUACGGUUUAGAUGUGCCUAUUCGCGUACGGGAAGAGUCUUAUGAGAAUGAACGUUGGCUACCUAUAGAAGGUUUCUCGAAGAAAUUAUUGCCUACAGAUAGACCGCGCCACUCGUCUGCUGAUGGAAGCCAAGAGCGUAGCAUUGAAAAGAUUAGAUUGCCGUCAAUGGCUUGGCAAUGGGAUGGUGAUUGGCAUUUGGAUUUAGAUUUAGAAGGUCAAUCGUUGGCUGAAGAUGGCUGGAUGUAUGCUUUGGAUUUUCCGAUGAAUUAUUCCGCUAAAAAAUCAUGGAAUUCCUAUGUACGUCGCAGACGUUGGAUACGUUACCGUCGAUAUGGCGCUUUAAACAGUUGGUGCGCUGUUGCUCCAUUGCACAAAGAUCCAACACAAGAGCCGUUUAUUGAUGUGGCAAUUGGUGGUACCAACAUACCGAACGCUCCCCCAGGCACCCUUGUAGUUUGGGCGAUUACAGCUCAUGGCAGAGCCAUGUUUCGGACUGGCGUUAGCAACUCUUCCCCAGAAGGUUUGCGCUGGACAGCUAUUUCUACCCCAGCAGGUAGCGAGCUUACACAAUUAAGCGUGGGGCCUACGGGAUUGGUUUGGGCCGUUUUAUAUAACGGUCGCGUCAUAGUACGUUCAGGGGUAACACGUGAAAAUUUGGCGGGAGAAGCUUGGCUGGAUGUUAAACCCCCAACGCCAGUUAACGGUUGCGAUGCAACAAAUGGUUUGAAAAUUGUGCAAGUUUCGGUUGGGACUGAUUCGGUGUGGUGUGUCACCAAUGAUAAUAGCGUUUGGUUUAGACGAGGCAUUAAAGGUGACGCAUCAGGCAUUAGCGAAGAUGCUGCUAUAGGCGGUGGCUGGGUAGAAAUGAUAGGAAAUAUAUCUACAGUAUCGGUAGCAGCCAAUGAUCAAGUAUUUGCGAUAGGAUCUGCAGAUCGCGGGCUUUAUUACCGUUUUGGUGUUUCUCUAUCUGAUCCAACAGGCAAGAAAUGGCGCCAAUUGCAACUGCCAAUGCAAAUCAGUCGAACUUCGAGUUCAAUGUCGCUUAUAUCCCGUAAAAGCGGUAGCAGUUCUACACCUGGCUCCAAGCAUCAAAGUUUCUCAAAUCUUUAUAGUAGGGAAAAAGAAAAAGCCGUAGUAGAGACAUGUGCUCCUAUCGAAAACGUAAUGCCUCCCGCUACAAUCACUUCCGCUGCUUCACGUAGCAGCUCGCACUCCAGUAAUGGCACCGCUGCCCCAGCGCACGUUCGCUUAAAAAAUGACUUAUGGAAGUAUAACUCUGACUCCCCACCAAGUAUUGGAAGCCUGAAUCUGAAUGAACGUCAUAGAAAGCGCGCGGCUGCUUUGCGUGAAACUACACAUGCUUCGAGUGCGCCUGCAACUGAAGUAGCUGAGGUAACUGGUAAACAUUACGAAACUCAACUAAAAAAUCCUAGAGCUUGGUCCCCGGUUCGUUCAGUAGGCUCAGCUGUAGGCGCGGAGGCGCAUCCCGAAAGUGACUCUGCCGUGUUUGAUGCCGAUUCAACUCACCAUGGUUCAGAUGCUUUUCUCGGAGAUGAUGACGAUCAUGCAGGCUCUCAGUUUUGGACAGAAUGUGAGGUUAUGUGGCUUUGUGUGACUGCCGGUGCAGUGACCAUUAAUCCUAACAAUUUGCCCAACUGGUUUAAUGAGCAAGUAGCUGCUGAUGGGUGUGUCGAUGUGAACGCACCAUGGCGUAAAGAUAUUUUGGAAAAAUUACAAAAACGUCAGUUAGCCUUAAAUUCCAUACCUAACUUGGGGCUCUACGAGAAAGCUGUAGAAUUAUCAUCAUGGAUUAAGUCGGCUGAGGCUCGCUAUCAGCGGCCCGACACUUUAGAAUGUGAAGACUGCCUCAUAGAAUUAGAAUGGGUUAGCAGCAAUGCAGCCUCGACACCCACCACUCAAAAUCCUAGUGUAUCAAGAGCAACAGAUUCUGGAACAUUUACUGUCCUUCACCCGGACGGAGUGACUACUAAAAUUCAAUUUUCUCUCUCAGCCAUAACAUGCGUACAAUGCUGCAGUGAACCAGCGUCACCACGUCUUGCCAUACAUGCUCCCUGUUUACCGACAAACUGUUCGCCUGUAAGGUUGCUUUUCCUAAGUGAUGCUGAAAUGGAAGAUUGGUUGUCCCACUUAACUUCAGUGUGCUGCCAAAUUAAUGAAGUGUCAGGUACACCAGCGAGUAACGCGAUUUGGACUACUACGGAAAUAGGAGAUGUAUACGUAUUUGAUCCGGAAAACAUCAAGUUGCAACAAUGGGUUGAACAAGAAAAUUGUUUCAUGCAAAAAGUGGAUGUUAGCACCAUGGAAACGCCCUAUUAUAAUACCCUCUGCAAUGGUAUGCCAUCAGGCACUGAAUUGGAUAUAACAGGAUGCGUGUAUGAUGACGCCGAUCAAAUACGCUUCGACUUACAAUGCCAUCCUAAUAUAAAGUUACGUGUUAAAGUUGAAAAAUUUCGUGUAAUCGCAAUGCAUAUUAAUCCUAGAUUUAACGAGAAGACCACAGUACUCAAUUCUAUGGACGAUUCAGAAUGGCAAGAUGAGAUGCGUUAUGAUAAAAUGGUAUUCGCUCCGGGCGCAACGUUUAAUUUGAAAAUCAAGGCUUUAAAAAAUCACUACCAAAUUAUAGUGAACAAUAGCCAUUUUGCCGAUUACAAUUAUCGCGUAGAUCCCGCUGCUGUUACCUGCCUUUAUGUAUCGGGACGGGUUAAACUGUUCAACGUCACUUAUCGUUGCCCCACAUUUAUAGUGAACUUGCAAAAUAUGUUUUGGCGCCAGAUGGGCGGUCAUCUUAAACGCGUAUUUACUUGCGGAGCUGGCGUUGUGUGGGGCAUGACAUGCGAUAAUACUGCUUGGGUUUACAAUGGCGGCUGGGGUGGUAACUUUUUAAAGGGCUUAGAAGGAGGUUCCGGCAAAAUUAAUCCUAUGCUAGACACACACAACUAUUAUGUGUACGAAAAUCAGCGUUGGAACCCCAUAAGUGGUUUCACAACUAAGAGUUUACCCACAGAUCGCCAUAUGUGGAGUGAUGUAACGGGACGCCAAAAACGUAGCAAGGAGCAUACUAAGCUUCUAUCAUCUCAUUACGAAUGGAUUUCUGAUUGGAUGAUAGAUUUUAAUAUUCCUGGCGGAGCUGACAAGGAAGGUUGGCAAUACGCCAUAGAUUUUCCCGCUACGUAUCAUGCGCAGAAACGUAUCACGGAUUGUGUGAGACGACGACGUUGGCUAAAAAAGUGUCGUUUAGUUAGUAGCGGACCUUGGCAGGAACUAAGUCACUCGAAAAUUUUGGACGCUAGUUUGCAAGUUAUAGCAAAUGAAGACAAUCCCAAUGAGAUGAGGGAAGAAGUCUCCAUAAAUGCAUGGGCCAUAGCUUCGAAUGGGGACGUUCUAAUAAGAUAUGGAGUAACUUCUUUCAAUCCGAAAGGUGAUAGCUGGGAACACAUACCUAGCGAGCAGCCUCUAAUCGGCAUCAGUGUUUCACCCUCAGGUCAAGUAUGGGUAGUAGGACGAAACGGGACAAUAUUUUAUCGCUAUGGCAUAACAAAGCAAAAUCCUUUAGGUAAAGCCUGGCAAACGAUUGAAGCGCCUGCUGGCGUGCAUUUUAAAGCUAUUGCUGUAGGUGAGGCAGGCAUUUGGGCGUUGGAUAAUUCGAAUCGUUUGGCUGUGCGCAGAGAAGUAACAAAAUUUUUCCCUGAAGGUUCUCAUUGGCAAUUCUUACCGAAUUUAUCAACAAUCGCCCCGCACACUGACACUCAUGUAGGCUUUAAAGCUGUUUCAGUUGGACCUGAGGUAUGGGCGGUAGCUAUGAAUGGAAUAAUUUGUAAGCGUUGCGGCAUUACCAAAGAGAAUCCAGCCGGCUCAGGCUGGAAUUUAGGAAUUCCAGGUCAAUGGCAAUAUUUAUCUGUAGUUGGCUUCUCUUAAGACCAAAAUUUCUUAUUUAUGCUUAAUUAUAAAAGUUUUGCGAUUUUUUUUACAUUCCUUCCUUUUAAUAGGUUGUUUAGCUAUUAAAUUAUUUUUUAAACCUUUUUGUGCUUAGCGUAAUUCAUUUACCAAAAAAGUAUUGAAAAAACCAUUUAUUUGCAUUUAUCAUAUAUUUUGACGCUAUAAUAAGAAUACAUUGCAUACCGUAAAUACACAAAUCAAAUAGAAAUACAAUUACA